AGGUAGCGGCUGCAGUGAGGAGGUGCCAGUCUUUCCCAGGCUGCAGUGCGCACCAGCGGGAGGAGGGAGAAUAGAACAGUCGGGUCGCCGUCGUUUCCCUCGCCAUGUUGCAGUGAGUGCGGGUUCCCCAGUGUCCUUGCGUGCGGCUCGGCUCUGGAGCUGUGAGUCCCCAUGUGGAAUGAAUGUUCGUUCAUGUGUCGUAGGUAUGAAUGAAGUGGCCUGGCAGGAGAGCAGAGGAAUAAUGCAUGCAAGCAGUGGUCAGGAAGCCCUUGGGGUUGCAGUAGGGAUGGUCCCACCUGGAGUGUCGUCGGCAGGGCAAGCUCAUGGAAAUAACCCACAUGCCAUGCCUCCGGGUGCUCAAGUGCCGCUGAACGGUCGUUCUCAGGAUGACGCCACAGUGGGAUAUUUCUUCCAGAGGCAGGCGGGAGAACAGCUCAACGGCUACUCCAAUAAGCACCGCUGGCCAACAGGAGAUAGCAUAGAUGCUGCGGUGAGGACUGUGGAUGAAAUGAAUCAUGACUUCCAGGCUCUGGCAUUAGAAUCUCGUGGAAUGGGCGAGCUUUUACCGUCCAAAAAGUUUUGGGAACACGAAGACCCUGCAAAAGACGGACAGAAAGGGAUGUUCCUCACUGAUGAAUGGAGAGAGAAUGCAUGGGGGGCCUCUCACCAUUCCAUGUCCCAGCCUAUUAUGGUGCAGAGAAGACCCGGGCAAGGCUUUCAUGGGAACCAUGAUGUCGCUUCUGUUCUGUCGCCUCGUUCCGAGAGCGGCGGCCUUGGAGUGAGCAUGGUAGAAUAUGUCUUGAGUUCCUCCCCUGCUGAUAAACUUGAUCCACGAUUCAGAAAAGGAGUGUUUAGUGUCAGAGACUGUGAAUUAGAUGGACCCGAGAAAGGUGAACCGAAGUGUAAAGCAUCUCCCUUUGAAGAGGAAAAGAAACGUGAUCUGAUAUCUGCUGACACCGAUGACCUCUCCAAAUUAAACGGACGGGGACUGCCGAACGGCAUCGAAACUGACUGCAAAGAUUUUAACCGGACUCCAGGAAGCCGCCAGGCUUCACCCACAGAAAUCGCAGAACGUAUUGGCCCCAACACUAGCUCCGCUGAAGUUCUUGGACAACAUCCGAACCCCAUGAACAGCAAACCCUUGUCAGAUGAGUUCCCUAACACUGAAAGCCAGAAUUUGGAUGGCAUGGGACAGGUUGGCCUUGACUCAUUGCAGUUUGACUAUCCUGGUAAUCAGAUACAAAUGGACUCAGUGGGAGCAGGUGUGGGCUUGUUUGACUACAAUACUCAACAGCAGAUGUUUCAGCGGCAAAACACACUGGCGGUUCAGCAACUAACAGCGGCUCAGCAGCAGCAACAGCAGUUUACCCUGGCAGCAGCUCAGCAACCUCAUUUAACUGGAAUGUUUUCCGCAGGCUUGGCACCAGCUGCCUUUGUGCAGAACCCCUACAUCAUCAGUGCAGGUCACCCAGGCACAGACCCAUACACAGCUGCAGGUUUAGCAGCUGCUGCAACCCUAGCAGGCCCUCCACAAUAUUAUGGCGUUCCUUGGGGAGUGUACCCAGCUGGCUUAUUUCAGCAGCAGGCAGCUGCCGCAGCCACAGCGGCAAACAACAACAACCAGCAAGCAGCAGCACAAGCAUCUCAAGGACAGCAGCAGCUUAUGAGGGCCGCAUCCAAUCAGCGCCCGCUUACUCCUAAUCAGGCGCAGCAAGGACAGCAACCAGAAUCACUUGCAGCAGCGGCAAACCAAGCUCAGAUUUUUGGACAGGGUCUUGCUACCAGCAUGCAAGGCUACCAGGUCCUCACUCCCACUGCCUACUAUGAUCAGACUGGUGCCUUGGUGGUUGGUCCUGGAGCCCGAGCGGGACUUGCUAGCCAAAUACGUUUAGUGGCUUCUGCUCCCGUUCUAAUCAGUCCCGCCGCUGCACAAGCCGCUGCUACGGCGACUGGUGCCAACAGCCUUACCGGAGCCCCAAACAAUAUGUUCAGAGCCAUGGGUCCUCCUCAGCAGCAACAGCAGCCUCAGCAGCAGCAGCAGCAGCCCAACGCAAACCUCCACUCCGGCUCUUUCUACGGAAACAGCUCUAUGAACAACAACUCUCAGAGCAGCUCCCUGUUUUCUCAUGGGCCUGGGCAGCCAGGAAGCACAUCCCUCGGAUUCGGAAGUAACAAUUCACUGGGUGCAGCCAUUGGAUCUGCUUUUGGUGGAUUUGGCUCAUCAGUUGGCAAUUCCGCAGGUAGUAGUGGCUCAAGGAGAGAUUCCCUGUCUGCUAGCUGUGACUUGUACAAAAGGUCUAGCAGCAGCCUAGCAGCCAUAGGGCAGCCAUAUUACAAUAGCCUGGGCUUCUCCUCUUCUCCGAGUCCAAUAGGCAUGCCUCUGCCAAGCCAAACGUCAGGACAUUCACUAACGCCACCGCCAUCCCUUUCAUCACAUGGAUCCUCAUCCAGUUUGCAUUUAGGGGGACUGACAAAUGGCAGUGGCCGUUACAUCUCUGCAGCUCCAGGGGCAGAGGCAAAGUAUCGGAGUGCUACCAACACCUCCAGCUUCUUCAGCUCCAACAGCCAGCUCUUCCCCCCGUCUCGCCAGCGCUACAACAGAGCUGACAUUAUGCCCUCUGGGCGCAGCAGAUUACUGGAGGACUUUAGGAACAACCGCUUCCCAAACCUGCAGCUCAGAGACCUGAUGGGGCACAUUGUGGAGUUUUCUCAAGACCAACAUGGAUCCAGAUUUAUCCAGCAGAAACUGGAGCGUGCCAGUCCAGCAGAACGUCAGCUGGUGUUCAGUGAGAUUCUACAAGCUGCCUAUCAGUUGAUGACUGAUGUAUUCGGGAAUUAUGUUAUUCAGAAAUUCUUCGAGUUUGGGAGCAUGGACCAGAAACUGGCCUUGGCAACACGGAUUCGUGGCCACGUUCUACCUCUGGCUUUGCAAAUGUAUGGCUGCCGUGUCAUUCAGAAGGCCCUCGAAUCCAUAUCGAUUGACCACCAAAGUGAAAUGGUGAGAGAGCUGGAUGGCCAUGUACUGAAGUGUGUGAAGGAUCAGAACGGAAACCACGUGGUACAGAAGUGCAUCGAGUGCGUCCAACCACCGUCGCUUCAAUUCAUCAUUGAUGCUUUCAAAGGGCAGGUGUAUGUGCUCUCAACCCAUCCUUACGGCUGCAGGGUAAUCCAGCGCAUUCUGGAACACUGCACUCCAGAGCAAACCAUGCCCAUUCUGGAGGAGCUGUACCAGAGUAUAGAGCAGUUAGUGCAGGAUCAGUAUGGCAACUACGUGAUCCAGCAUGUGCUUGAGCAUGGCCGUUCUGACGACAAGAGCAAAAUUGUGUCUGAAGUAAGAGGGAAGGUGUUGGCUCUGAGCCAGCACAAAUUUGCCAGCAACGUUGUAGAGAAAUGUGUGACGCACUCCUCCCGCACUGAGCGAGCACUCCUUAUUGAUGAGAUCUGCUGCCAGAAUGAUGGUCCUCACACUGCCUUAUACACCAUGAUGAAGGACCAGUAUGCCAACUACGUGGUGCAGAAGAUGAUCGACAUGGCCGAGCCUGCCCAGCGCAAGAUCAUCAUGCAUAAGAUCCGUCCUCAUAUUACGACUCUGCGCAAAUACACCUACGGGAAACACAUUCUGGCCAAGCUGGAGAAGUAUUACAUGAAGAACAGCCCCGACCUUGGCCCGCUUGUCGGCCCACCCAAUGGGAUGCUCUAGAGGGAAAACAGUUAAAUUUUUAAAGGAUAAGUAAACCUUUAAAAUAAGUGAAUGUAUGAGGGGGCUUUUCUAAGCACUUUAAUACAUUCAUUAUUUAUUUUGUUUUUAUUCCAAGAUAUUAAGGGAUACAUGUGCUGU